CAGGAGGCGGUGGGGAGAGUCCGGGGAAGAGAAGGAUACCAGCGGCAGCGAGUCAGAAAGAGAGCGUCUAUAAGUUGGUCGCCAGUUAGCAAGUAGACGUGUGGACAGAUAUAUUUGGCGUCACAGAGAGAGAGAGAGAGAGAGAGAGAGAGAGAGAGACAGAGAGAGAGAGAGAGAGAGAGAGAGAGAGAGAGAGACAGAGAGAGAGAGAGAGAGAAACAGAGAAGGGGGAAAGAAGUAGGCUACCAGUAGCAAAGGAACUACUUUAGAAUCGACAGCAGCGCGAAAGGAAAAGGUUAGUUGUAAGUUCGUAAAAGGUGAGAGGACAAGGCAAGGAAAACAGAGACGGGUAUUAGAUACACAUUUCUACAUUGUUGUGUGUAUAAAGACGUAUCCAUAUGUUGUAGCAAGCUCUCAGAACCACAAGACAGCGUGGACGGAGAAAACGGAGAGUUCAUUCUUGUCAAAAUACAGGACACACGAAGACCACACGGGAGAUCUGAUUUCGGACGUUAAAGAACGAAGAUUUUCUAGGAUUCUUUUAUUAGGUUAUCGGAAUACGCACGUGAGGAUUGGAUUAACAUCUUAAUUUACCAGUGACACAAUUCGAGGGAUUUUCCUUCCCGCUAAUAUGGAAACUCGACUCAUUCUCUUGAUAUUGGGCCUCUGUCUGAGCAGUGGAGAGCCAUUGGAUGCACUGUGCCCGAAUGGAUAUACCUUCCAUAAUGGAAAAUGUCUAAAGUGCCCAGAUGGAUUUAUUCUCAAUUAUAAACAAAAGUGUAUAGACAAGAGUUCCCAGCCCAGGAACCCGAGACAGGGAUCAGGUAGUUGCAAUGAGGGAUUUUACUUUACGGGUAGAGAAUGUGAAGAUGAAAAUGAGUGUGUAAGUGUGGAUCCUAUCUGUGGACGGAAUGCUACGUGCCAAAACACAGUAGGCAGCUACUACUGCACCUGUGACACAGGAUUCCAAUCAUCAAAGGAGAAGUUUACUGCUGAGGACUCACAAUGCCAAGAUAUAAAUGAGUGCAGGGAUAAAACACACAAGUGUGAUCCCCGUCAGAACUGUGUCAACACACUCGGAUCAUUCAGGUGUGAGUGUCGUCAAGGUUACACACAUGGACGUGGGGACUUGGCCUGUGAUGAUGUGGAUGAGUGUGUGGUGAAAUCUCCUGUUUGUGGCCCACACGGCACCUGCACAAACACACCUGGCAGCUACACCUGCACCUGUCCAGCAGGGUUCAGUAACCGUGGCAAUGUCACCAGUGGCUCUUGUGAAGAUGUGGAUGAGUGUGUGAUGAACCCCCCUGUAUGUGGCCCAAAUGGCACCUGCACAAACACACCUGGCAACUACACCUGCACCUGUCCAGCAGGGUUCCAUAACCGUGGUAACAACAUUAGAGCACCUUGUGAAGAUGUGGAUGAGUGUGUGUUGAGUCGUCCUGACUGUGGCUCGAACGGCAUGUGCACAAACACACCUGGCGGUUACUAUUGCACCUGUGCGGGAGGGUUCAGGAACCAGGGCAACAACCUCAGUGCCCCCUGUGAAGAUGUAAAUGAAUGUGAAGCAAAUCGUCCUGAUUGCGGUCCAAAUGGCACCUGCACAAACACACCUGGCAGCUACACCUGCACCUGUCCAAAGGGGUUCACUAACCGCAGCCUUAGUGGUCCCUGUGAAGACAUAAACGAGUGUGAAACAUACGCAGGCAUCUGUGGCUCUGAAUCGGAGGGCAACUGCACAAACACACCUGGAAGCUACACUUGUGACUGUCAUCCUGGUCACAGUAACUACGGCAACAGACAGGCCAAGUGCACAAAACUUUCCUGUGAUGGGUAUGAAGACAAAGGUUCAAAUGAGCAGGCUGUGGGAGGUCUGGGGCGUCUCUGGGAGAAGAUGAGGAAGAACUGUGCAGAUCUGAGCAGCGGGGGAGGAGAGGCCACAGGGCAAGGACUGCUCCAGGACGUGCUCACUGGAACAGACGAGUUCUUGUCCUCUGGCCAGAGUGUGGAGGACAGCACCCAAGUGACCGGCCUGCUCACCAUGAUGGAGAAAGCCAUGAUGCUCAUCGCACCCCAGAUGAAACAGAACCAAACCAAAAUUGAAACACAGCAUACAGAGGCGGAGCUUGCGGUGAAAAGAGGUAGAACUCCUCCCACUGGGCCGGUCAUGUUGAGCACAGAGAACGCCUCCUUCAACACCAGCUGGGAGAUGGCUGCAGGCAAUGGCACCUAUCCAGGUUUUACUGUGGCCGCCCUGGUCAGCUACAAGAGCCUGAACUCCACCCCCGACUCCUCCUUUCAAGACCUGAGGGAGAAGAUGGAGGAGGAGAGGAGGCAGGAGCAGCAGGAGGAGCAGAAGGAGAAGAAGGUGAAGAAGGUGCUCACGGAGCUCCAGGUCGUCUCCAACGUGGUGACGGCCUGCGUCAGCAACCCAGACACACACCAACUGGACCAGAACGUCAGCCUCACCUUCAAACACCCUCAGGAAAGGAACGAAUCAGAAAGUUUGCGCUACAUGUGUGUGUUCUGGGACAAAGACGCCUGGUCACAGCGCGGGUGUGUGUCGUCCUCAAACAGCACACACACCGUCUGCAGCUGCAACCAUCUCAGCAGCUUUGCCGUCCUCAUGGCCCUCUACGACAUCAAGCACACCUUUGAGCUGCAGCUGAUUACGUGGGUGGGUCUGGCCGUGUCUCUGGCGUGUCUGUUCGUCUGCAUCUUGACCUUUGGCCUCUGUCGCUCCAUCAAGGGCACGCGCACCACCAUCCACCUCCACCUGUCGCUCUGCCUCUUCCUCGCCGACCUCAUCUUCCUCUGCGGCAUCAGCCGAGCACAGAAGGCUGGCUGUGGUCUGGUGGCCGGGCUGCUGCACUAUUUCUUCCUGGCUGCGUUCAGCUGGAUGCUGCUGGAGGGGGUGCAGCUGUACAGGAUGGUGGUGAAGGUGUUCCACACCAACCUCCGCCCCGCCUACAUGAUGGCCGCCGGCUACGGAGCCCCACUCGCCAUCGUCAUCAUCUCCGCCAUCGCCUACCCGCAAGGAUACGGCACCGACCAGCACUGCUGGUUGUCUCUGGAGCGUGGUUUCAUCUGGGCGUUCUUCGGCCCUGUGUGCAUCAUCAUCUUCCUCAAUGCCUUCUUCUUCAUCAUCACGCUCUGGAAGUUGGCCGAGAAGCUCACCAGCCUCAACCCCGACCUCUCCAACCUGCAGAUGAUCAAGGGUUUCACGAUGACUGCGGUGGCUCAGCUGUGUGUUCUGGGGGGCAUGUGGAUGUUUGGCUGCUUCAUGUUUGAGAGUGUGGCCAUGGUCUACCUCUUCACCAUCCUCAACAGCCUACAGGGGGCGCUCAUCUUUAUCUUGCACUGCCUCAUGUCAAAACCUGUGAGAGAUGAGUAUGCCAAGUUCCUAAGUGGCAUCUGCACCCCAGAAAAGAGGAGAUACCCAGAUUACACCUCCAACCCAUCCAGCAACAGCCAGCAGCCUUUGAAGUCCAACUCAAGUACGGCUCAGUCGCAACUAUGAGAGGACCUCAGGCCUUCAGAAGAUCCACAAUGCAUUGCAAGCCCGCCACCCUUGCAUUCUGAAUGUUGUUCGGGCUGGUCUCCUCUUUUAUGCCUCUUUUUUGUCCCCUCUCUCCCCAGCCAAUAAGGUGACAAUUCAAAUCUGGACUUCCUGUGUCCAGUCCAAUCAGAAACAAGUCUUGGCAGCUGUCUCUUCUUUUGUGUUUUGUCUCCACCAAUGAGAUAACAGUUAGAGCUUAUUUUGUUUAUUUUGUAUUCACCAAAUAGAAGAAGAAGCCUUCCUUCUGCCAUAGCCCAUGGCAGCUCAGGAGAUGGGAAUAUGAAGCCAUUUUAUAAAUAAGAGAAGGUGAAGAGAGGUUAGGUGUGACUCAUGACGCGGCAUAUCAUGUAGUCGUGCGGCAUAUCAUGUCAUAUCAUGUCACGUGUUCCAAGUGCAGUAUUUCAGUAGAAGUUGAUUGGAAGUGUGCACUUCCUGACAUUCCAAAAGAGAUAGGCGGUCUGCGUUAUGUGGUGUCUGGACUUGAAGACAAGUGGUAGAUCUGUCGAAUGGGAGCGUGUGGAAGUUUUGAAUGUCUCAUGAAAAGAGUCAUUGCAGACACAGACACACACACACACACACACACACACACACACACUAACACACAGACACACAGACUUACACUCUUAUGAACACAUAAAGAAACACACACACACACACACACACACACACGCACACACGCGCACACGGCGCCCUCAUACAUAUUCAUGCAAAAGCAAGCCACCGUGAGUCUGAAUGCUUCUCUGCAGUAUUACAGGAGUGAAGCUGUAUUACUUUAAGAGGAGGUGCCUCAGCACCCACAAGUGCAGGCAGUCACAUUCGUAAGACUCCACUGGCAGAUACACAGGCUCAAAUGCGGCUCAUAUGAGGCUCACAUGCGGCUCACAUGCAGCUCAAAUUCUGCUUCUCCACGGAUUGCUACCAUCAGCGCCAUUUAGCAUUGAAUAGAGUAUAAUGGUAGUGUGUAUAGUCUAAGUUUACACACUUACACUGUUGUGUAAAAGUACAAGAGUAGUUUAAGAUUAUGCUAAAUGUAUAUAAGCUAAGCUUGGCUCACUACGAAGGAUAUCCUAUUAAUAUAUUGCCUUGUGUAUUGAGGAAUACUCAUCAUAUAGAUGCAUUGUAGGUGAAUCGAUCUGAAGCUGUUGUAUCAUAUAGAAGAGCAGUUUAGAGAGCAGUUAUUUUGAUACGGCGCAACGGCAUUAUGAAACCACAAACAGGUGGACUCCAGUCAAAAUGAAAACUCAUGCUAAGCCACACAACACUUUAAAAUCAAAAAUCAAAAAUCAAUAAUUGCAAUCUUUUAAGUUUGUUUACCGUUACCUAGCAACCACAACAUAGUGGACAUUCAGGGGCAGCACUGAACCAAAUCUCCAUGAGGAUUUUAAAUGUAGAAGCGCAAAAUAACAUGAGGACUUAUAUGCAUAAGCACAUCCUGCAGUCAAAAGGAACGUAACUCGCACACCACUAUAGCCGAUGCAUGCAAAAAAUAUGUUUUUAUUGCAUAAAAAAGUGCUACCAAAGUAGUAGCUAGCUGCUACUUUUGGAACUGACGCACCCAUCAGGACUGGAGUUACUGGCGCGACACCCUUCCUGUUUUACAUACUGUAUGUAUAAGCACAAAAUAACAUGUUGCAAAAGCAACAUGUGUCUCUGCCAAUAUUUCACAAGAUGUUACAACUUUUAAUAUAUAUCAAUAACACCCUAGAUGGUAUGUUAUUCAGUGCUUUGCUUACGCAUAGGUUAUAAAAUUCCUUCAACUAAAGAAUCAUGAAAAGGGUGUCAUGUAGAAUUCUAUUCUAUAGAGAAGGUGUCAUGCAGGAUUCUAUUGCAUAGAAUGAAGGUGUGUAAGGUCUAAGUUGAAGGUAUGUAUCCCACCGUUACACAAGGUACUUAGGGACUCGUGACCAGAUUGAGUCAAGUUAGGCAGAUCGUGCUAGUGAACUAUGUGACAUUUCACUGCCAGAUUAUAUUGAUGCAUCGCGUCAAUUUUAAGGUUUAUUUAUUUAGCAACAUGAAGCACAAUUGAGCUCUCUUUUUUUAUUUUCAGUCAAAGGGUGGUUUGUGUCAACCUCCUGUGCCAUUUCUUAUUUUUUCUAUACAAUGCUGCAAAGAACAGGAGUCUUACUGUACAUGGACUGUUUAUUUUAUAUUUUAAAAAGACUUGCUUUUAUCUAUUUGCACUUUUUUGAAUAUCGUCGACACUAUUUAAUAUGCAGAUUCCGCCUUUUACGACUAUGCAUUGUCGAUAAGACAAUUGUUGAGAGACUGUUUUUCUGUGUCUGUAUGAAAAGCUGUUGUCUACACUUCUAUUUUUCUACGUACCAUUUCUACUGGACUUCCCGAGGUGUUUGGUACAGCAGUGAGUCCAUUAAAGAUUUAGAGUUCAGUGAUCCACAAGG